GCAUGACGAGCGCUUGUACCGCAAACAUCGCUGGUGGAUGCCUGCACGGACUUGUCACUUAGCCCCGACAUCGUCGAACAUACCUUUCCUCUGCCAGCGCGGUGAAUCAUCCUACGCUAUUCUGAAGUUGAAGUAGGCACUUCUGGCUGUCCACUGUUAACUUGAAAGCCCCUGUAUUUCCGGGUCACUGUCCCAGUUUGUUCUCAACAACGCAGCUCAUUCAGCCCCAAUACUGUCAUAAGCGUUGAAGACCAAGUCUUUCAAUGUCUAACCAGCCAGUUGCGAGUAAAGAGGAGGAUGAGAUUGCCCCUCCUCAACGACCGCCCUCGCCGCCUCCACACACUACCUUCACCGCAAGAGGUGUUCAUCCCCCUACGUUCUCUGCGUUUCGACCGCGCGACGUACGGAUACAGUCACCCCAGUCUAUGAACCAUGUCGCUUGGAGCUGUGACGGAAAACGACUAGGCGCGGUCGGCAUAGACAAGGCCAUUCGUCUCUGGCACCCAGAGAAAAGCAUGGAGCUACGAGCAGCAUCCAUGUUCUCGGGUGGGUACCAGGACGAGGUAGACUACAUAGCAUGGAAUCCCACACACCCCGACCUCUUUUGCACUUCCGGGCAGAAAGAUCGCAAGAUUGUGUUCUUCGACACACGACAGAGUCGCUCUGUGCAGUCUCUGCAGUUGAAAAUCUCCCCGGCCCAGCUCAACUAUGCGCCUGAUGGCAAGACUGUACUGUUCACAACUUCGGGGAAGCAGCUGUACGGGCUCACAUACAGCAAACAAGGCGAAGAGACAAAAGAGCAAUGGCAUCUCUGGGACAAGGAUCCGAUACCCGCUUCCACCGUCACGUUCAACCACGCCGGAGAUGGACUCGUCCUGACGCAUCAGUCCGAGGCAACGAUUCGAAUUCUGGACUACCCCUCCUUGUCGAUCGUGCAUGCGACACCUGCGCAUGUUGGAGGAUGCGUCGCGGCUGCUUUGGAUCCACGAGGGAGAUACCUUGCUUCAGGAGGUCAUGAUUCUAUCGUGAAUCUCUUCGACCUGUCAGAGUGGAUCUGCACGCGCACGAUCACCGCCUGCGACAACGCUAUCAACUCGCUCAGCUUCUCACACGAUGGAGAGUUCCUCGCCAUCGCAAACGCGGGCUCGUACAUUGACAUCUGCGCUACAGAGACAGGCAUGCCAUUGCAUCGAGUGCCUGCCAUUGGGUCUUCGCCGACUGUGUCCUGGCAUCCGUCAAAAUACGUGAUUGCAUACUGCGGGCAGACGAAGAUCCGCGAGGGCGGCCCCGCGCCGUCUGCGUGGAUCAGUCUCUUCGGUCCUGGGAUGUAAAGGCUCUUCGCAUCACCAUGUAAGUAUACGCUGUAAUCAGUGUUACCGUUUCGCUCGACGAGGCUGGACUUCGUGAAGGCAUAUAAAACAGAUGUAUAACUCGUGCUUCAGCACGCUAAGGAGCGACGGGCGUCCAGACGCUCAACAAUCGCGAGACUAUUGUACAGUAGGGUUUCUAUGGACUUCGGCGAACACUGUACGCUUUGUCUACCUGGAACAACUUCUAUCGUCGAGAUUGAGAGCUCCGGCACAGCGGGAUAGAAAGCAAGCAGUAGCGAGUAUCGACAGCAAGAACAAGACGAGAGGGGAGAGAGCAUACGGG